AACAGAGCAGGCUGCUGAAAGAGCACAGGGAGGCAGUGUGGGAGCUGGCCACGCUGGAAGAACAGAAAAAGACUGGUUAAGGGACCCUGUGAGGGGAGAGCUCAGGGGCCGCUACUCUGUUCAUGCAUCGCCCCCCCAGGAGGCAGAAAGAGAGAACCCACAAAAUCUAUUCAAUAGAAAUUAAGGGCAGGAGAGAUUGCUUGGGGGCAAAGCACUUGCCACACAGGCAAGAGGCUAGCCUGGGCUACUCUGCCUCAAAACAAGGCCCCACAUUGCAAGAAGCCUUUGAGACUCUACCGUUUGUCAAGUUUAAAACAGCCCCAGCAGUCAUGAGUACAGACGCCGAGAUGGCCAUUUUUGGAGAAGCUGCUCCCUACCUCCGAAAACCAGAGAAGGAGAGGAUUGAGGAUCAGAACCGCCCAUUCGACUCCAAGAAAGCCUGCUUUGCUGUGGAUGAGAAAGAAAUGUAUGUGAAGGGCAUGAUCCAGAGCAGGGAAAACGACAAAGUCAUUGUCAAGACCCUAGACGACCGGGAACUCACUCUGAACAGUGACCAGGUAUUCCCCAUGAACCCCCCUAAGUUUGACAAGAUCGAGGACAUGGCCAUGAUGACACACCUGCACGAGCCCGCUGUGCUGUACAACCUCAAAGAGCGAUAUGCAGCCUGGAUGAUCUACACCUACUCAGGCCUCUUCUGCGUCACCGUCAACCCCUACAAGUGGCUGCCGGUGUACAACCCCGAGGUGGUGGCAGCCUACCGAGGCAAAAAGCGCCAGGAGGCCCCGCCCCACAUCUUCUCCAUCUCUGACAACGCCUACCAGUUCAUGCUGACGGAUCGAGACAAUCAGUCCAUCCUGAUCACUGGAGAAUCCGGGGCUGGGAAGACUGUGAACACCAAGCGUGUCAUCCAGUACUUUGCCACCAUUGCAGUCACCGGAGACAAGAAGAAAGAGCAGCAGCCGGGCAAAAUGCAGGGAACUCUGGAGGAUCAGAUCAUCCAAGCCAACCCCCUGCUGGAGGCCUUUGGAAAUGCCAAGACCGUGAGGAAUGACAACUCAUCCAGAUUUGGGAAGUUCAUUCGGAUACACUUUGGAGCCACGGGGAAGCUAGCAUCAGCGGACAUUGAAACCUAUCUCCUGGAAAAAUCCAGAGUGACAUUCCAGUUAUCCAGUGAAAGAAGUUACCACAUUUUUUACCAAAUCAUGUCAAACAAGAAGCCAGAACUAAUUGACUUGCUUCUGAUUUCAACCAACCCCUUCGACUUCCCCUUCGUGAGCCAAGGAGAGGUCACAGUAGCCAGCAUUGAUGACAGCGAGGAACUGUUGGCAACUGAUAAUGCCAUUGACAUCCUGGGUUUUAGCCCAGAGGAGAAAGUUGGGAUCUACAAGCUGACGGGGGCCGUGAUGCAUUAUGGGAACAUGAAGUUCAAACAGAAGCAGAGAGAGGAACAAGCAGAGCCAGAUGGCACUGAAGUGGCUGACAAAGCCGGGUACCUGAUGGGACUAAAUUCUGCAGAGAUGCUGAAAGGCCUGUGCUGUCCGAGAGUGAAGGUUGGAAAUGAAUAUGUCACCAAAGGACAGAACGUCCAGCAGGUGACCAACUCAGUGGGCGCCCUGGCCAAAGCUGUCUAUGAGAAGAUGUUCCUGUGGAUGGUCACCCGCAUCAACCAGCAGCUGGACACCAAGCAGCCCAGGCAGUACUUCAUCGGGGUCUUGGACAUUGCUGGCUUUGAGAUCUUUGAUUUCAACAGCCUGGAGCAGCUGUGCAUCAACUUCACCAACGAGAAGCUGCAGCAGUUCUUCAACCACCACAUGUUCGUGCUGGAGCAGGAGGAGUACAAGAAGGAAGGCAUCGAGUGGGAGUUCAUCGACUUCGGGAUGGACCUGGCCGCCUGCAUCGAGCUCAUCGAGAAGCCAAUGGGCAUAUUCUCCAUCCUGGAAGAGGAGUGCAUGUUCCCCAAAGCAACAGACACCUCCUUCAAGAACAAACUGUAUGACCAGCAUCUUGGAAAGUCCAACAACUUCCAGAAGCCCAAGCCAGCCAAAGGCAAGGCGGAAGCCCACUUCUCGCUGGUGCACUAUGCGGGCACUGUAGACUAUAACAUCGCAGGCUGGCUGGACAAGAACAAGGACCCCCUGAAUGAGACCGUGGUGGGGCUCUACCAGAAGUCUUCCCUGAAGCUGUUAUCCUUCCUCUUUUCCAACUACGCUGGUGCAGAAGCAGGUGACUCGGCAGGAAGCAAGAAGGGAGGAAAGAAGAAGGGUUCCUCUUUCCAGACGGUGUCGGCUGUGUUCAGGGAAAAUUUAAACAAACUGAUGACCAACUUAAGGAGCACCCAUCCUCAUUUUGUCCGAUGCCUGAUUCCCAACGAGACCAAGACUCCUGGUGUGAUGGACCACUACUUGGUCAUGCAUCAGCUGCGCUGUAAUGGGGUCCUGGAGGGUAUCCGGAUCUGCAGGAAAGGAUUCCCCAGCCGAAUCCUCUAUGCUGACUUCAAACAGCGGUACCGGAUCCUUAACGCCAGUGCCAUCCCAGAAGGGCAGUUCAUUGACAGCAAGAACGCCUCUGAGAAACUCCUGAACUCCAUCGAUGUGGACCGGGAGCAGUUCCGGUUCGGCCAUACCAAGGUGUUUUUCAAAGCCGGGCUCCUGGGGCUUCUGGAGGAGAUGAGAGAUGAGAAUCUGGUGACCCUGAUGACGCGCACACAGGCAGUGUGCAGGGGCUACCUGAUGAGGGUGGAGUUCAAGAAGAUGAUGGAGAGGAGGGAGUCCAUCUUCUGCAUCCAGUACAACGUCCGCUCCUUCAUGAAUGUGAAGCACUGGCCCUGGAUGAACCUGUUCUUCAAGAUCAAUCCUCUUCUGAAGAGCGCGGAGGCUGAGAAGGAGAUGGCCACCAUGAAGGAGGACUUCGAACGGGCCAAGGAGGAACUGGCUAGGUCUGAGGCUCGCCGGAAGGAGCUGGAGGAGAAAAUGGUCUCCCUGCUGCAGGAAAAGAAUGACCUCCAGUUGCAAGUCCAGUCUGAAACAGAAAAUCUGAUGGACGCUGAGGAGCGGUGCGAGGGGCUCAUCAAAAGCAAGAUCCAACUGGAGGCCAAAGUCAAGGAGCUGAAUGAGAGGCUGGAGGAGGAAGAGGAGAUAAACUCGGAGCUGGUGGCCAAGAAGAGGAAUCUGGAGGACAAAUGCUCUUCUCUCAAGAGGGACAUCGAUGACCUGGAGUUGACCCUGACCAAGGUCGAGAAGGAGAAGCAUGCCACGGAGAACAAGGUGAAAAAUCUCUCUGAAGAAAUGACGGCGCUUGAAGAAACCAUUUCCAAACUGACGAAAGAAAAGAAGUCUCUCCAGGAGGCCCAUCAGCAGACGCUGGAUGACCUACAGGCUGAAGAAGAUAAAGUUAACGGUCUCAUCAAGAUCAAUGUCAAGCUGGAACAGCAGACAGAUGACCUCGAGGGCAGUUUAGAGCAGGAGAAGAAACUGCGGGCUGACCUGGAGCGAGUGAAGAGGAAGCUGGAAGGAGACUUGAAAAUGUCCCAGGAGUCCAUCAUGGAUCUGGAGAACGACAAGCAGCAAAUAGAAGACAAACUGAAGAAAAAGGAGUUUGAAAUGAGCCAGCUACAGACCCGAAUCGAUGACGAACAAGUUCUCAGUCUGCAGCAGCAGAAGAAGAUUAAAGAGCUGCAGGCCCGCACAGAAGAGCUGGAAGAAGAAAUUGAAGCAGAACACACAGUCAGAGCCAAAAUUGAGAAGCAGCGUUCAGACCUAGCCAGGGAACUAGAGGAGAUCAGCGAGAGGCUGGAAGAAGCCAGUGGAGCCACUUCUGCCCAGAUCGAGAUGAACAAGAAGAGAGAAACUGAGUUCCAGAAACUCCGCAGGGACCUGGAGGAGGCCACCCUGCAGCAUGAAGCCACAGCGGCCACCCUGAGGAAGAAGCACGCGGAUACCGUGGCGGAGCUUGGGGAGCAGAUCGACAACCUGCAGCGGGUCAAGCAGAAGCUGGAGAAGGAGAAGAGCGAGCUGAAGAUGGAGAUCGACGACAUGGCCAGCAACAUUGAGACAGUCUCCAAGUCCAAGAGUAACAUGGAAAGAAUGUGCCGGUCUGUGGAAGACCAGUUUAAUGAGAUCAAAGCCAAGGAUGACCAACAGACCCAGUUAAUCCAUGAUCUGAACAUGCAGAAGGCAAGGCUGCAGACCCAGAAUGGGGAACUGAGCCACCAAGUAGAAGAGAAGGAGUCUCUGGUUUCACAACUAACCAAAAGCAAGCAGGCUCUCACCCAGCAGCUGGAGGAGCUCAAGAGACAGCUGGAGGAAGAGACCAAGGCCAAGAACGCACUGGCCCAUGCUCUGCAGUCCUCCCGCCACGACUGUGACCUGCUGCGGGAACAGUAUGAGGAGGAGCAGGAAGGCAAAGCUGAGCUGCAGAGGGCGCUGUCCAAGGCCAACAGCGAGGUUGCCCAGUGGAGGACCAAAUAUGAGACGGAUGCCAUCCAGCGCACGGAGGAGCUGGAGGAGGCCAAGAAAAAGCUGGCCCAGAGGCUGCAGGAGGCAGAGGAGAACACCGAGGCUGCCAACUCCAAGUGUGCUUCCUUGGAGAAAACCAAGCAGAGGCUUCAGGGAGAAGUGGAUGAUCUGAUGCUGGACCUGGAUCGAGCCAACACAGCCUGUGCCGCUCUGGACAAGAAGCAGAGGAACUUCGACAAGGUCCUUGCAGAGUGGAAGCAAAAACUGGAUGAAAGUCAAGCUGAGUUGGAAGCUGCCCAGAAAGAGUCCAGGUCUCUCAGUACUGAAAUCUUCAAGAUGAGGAAUGCCUACGAGGAGGUGGUGGACCAGUUAGAGACGCUGAAGCGAGAGAAUAAAAAUCUGCAAGAAGAGAUUUCUGACUUAACUGAGCAGAUUGCAGAAAUGGGCAAGAACCUCCAGGAAGUGGAAAAGACGAAGAAGCAAGUGGAACAGGAGAAGUCCGAGCUCCAGGCUGCUUUAGAAGAGGUGGAGGCAAAGGCUUACAGCAUCUUUGGCUACCAGGAAUCCUGCAAAGAGACCCAGAGUCUCCCGAACACGAGCCUGAUAAAUACCAAGAAAAAACUAGAGGCUGACUUGGCUCAGUGCCAGGCGGAGGUGGAGAACUCCAUCCAGGAGUCCAGAAAUGCAGAAGAGAAAGCCAAAAAGGCCAUCACUGAUGCUGCCAUGAUGGCGGAGGAGCUGAAGAAGGAGCAGGACACCAGCGCUCACCUGGAGCGGAUGAAGAAGAACCUGGAGCAGACGGUGAAGGACCUGCAGCACCGUCUAGACGAGGCUGAGCAGCUGGCACUGAAGGGCGGCAAGAAGCAGAUCCAGAAACUGGAGGCCAGGGUGCGGGAGUUGGAAAAUGAGCUGGAUGCCGAGCAGAAGAGAGGGGCUGAAGCUCUGAAGGGGGCCCACAAAUAUGAACGCAAAGUCAAAGAGAUGACUUACCAGGCUGAGGAGGACCGCAAGAACAUCCUCCGGCUUCAGGACUUGGUGGACAAGCUGCAGGCCAAAGUGAAGUCCUACAAGAGACAGGCAGAGGAGGCUGAGGAGCAAGCUAACACACAGCUGUCCAGGUGCCGGAGGGUCCAGCAUGAGCUGGAGGAGGCUGAGGAGAGGGCAGACAUUGCAGAGUCGCAAGUCAACAAGCUAAGGGCCAAGAGCCGUGACGUGGGAGGCCAGAAGAUGGAAGAAUGAGGCUCUCCUGAGGCUCGUUGCCAUGGGCCACCUCCGGGAAAGUGGAAAGAGAGAAUGUGGGAAAAAUAAACUGUCCGG